AUCGACCUUUCUUCGCUCCCUGCAUGCUCUGCUCCCUGGCUCCGUACCGCUAAUUCUUAGGCCAGCCCACUCAAACAAUCGUUCAUGACAUUAUCUUCUUGACCCUGUCGUUAAGCAUCCUUGUCGCCGCCUCCUUCUUGUCCAGCCUGCUGCCUUUUUGAAUAUUUUCUCGCUUUCUCUACUCGUCACCCACCUCGGUCUUUCUUUGUUGUCGAUACAUCACAUUCAUCCUGCCACCUUUCUCCUCCUUCGCCGAACACAACCACUCUUCUGCGAGGUACUGGUUCGUUACAACUGGUACGCAUUCCUUACGCCGAACAGUCCACCUGACAAGUCCCGGAAGCAUGGCAGGAUAGUCGUGGAACAUUGUUCAACAACAAUCGCGCCCCUUCACCCACCUUUAAUCUCUCCCCUACCGCAUCCUUCGACCAUCCUCAAGUUUUGCUACAGAAUGAGAGGCUCGAAGCUCCUCCCGAAGCAACUUCGCUCUCUGGGCAAUAGCGAUAGUUGGCUGAAUCGCGCCGUCACUGCCAAUCUCCUCGCCAUUUCGCAGCUGGCCUGCCAACACCCUAUACAUACCAUUGUCGCCAUCGCCUUGCUGGCCAGUACUUCCUACGUUGGUUUAUUACAAGAAAGCCUGUUUGACAGUGGUGUCAAAUCUUUACAACACAACGGCCAGCUAGACGUACAAGCUUUGUUGCAAGGCAGCAGGACAUUGGAACUCUCCAAGAGCACCUCAUGGAAAUGGCAAUUCUCUGACCAUGGCGCUCCAGAUUCCCAGUCGGGGACCCAACAUUAUGCUCUCACCACCUUCCUCUUCCCAGACUCCUCGACCUCUCAGCUUGCCCCAGAUGUCCAGUCAGUCCCGGUCCCCUCCAAUGUCACCGCCACCAACAUUCCCGUCACCUCAAAUCUCCUGUCGCCCAUCUCUCACGACACUUCCCUCGCUUUCUACACCCAUUUUUCCCAGGUUGCCGAUUUUCUUCGAGCAGUACAGUAUCUUCCCGCUCAUCAAUUACCCUCGGACGAUUCAGAACAAUCAGAACAGGCGAAAUGGGUCAUGAAGGCUGCUCGAGUGAAUGCAAACGGCUCCAAAGGCUCAUAUCGGACCUGGUUCAGUGAAGGCUGGUCUUCCUUUGUCGAUUUGGUCAAGCACGCAGAGACUCUGGAUAUCAUCAUCAUGUCCUUGGGCUACUUAUCCAUGCACUUGACCUUCAUUUCACUCUUCCUAUCCAUGAAACGUCUCGGUUCGAAUGCCUGGUUGGCUGUCUCCGUCCUAUUCUCCAGCCUCUUCGCUUUCCUCUUCGGUCUCGUCACCACCACAAAGAUGGGAGUGCCAAUCAACAUGGUCCUUCUCUCUGAAGGUUUACCGUUCCUUGUGGUCACAAUCGGCUUCGAGAAGUCCAUCAUCUUAACCAAGGCUGUCCUCUCCGCAUCAUAUGAUACCAAGCGCCGUGUCCCAGAAAACGGAUCCCCCAAUGGUAACCCCAUCGGUUCCACCCUCCCAGCGCCAUCCAUUCAAGACGCAAUCCAGGUUGCUGUCAAGGAUACCGGUUUUGAGAUUGUCCGUGACUACGCCGUCGAGAUUGCCAUCCUCAUUCUAGGCGCCGCCUCAGGAAUCCAGGGUGGGCUACGCCAGUUCUGCUUUCUUGCCGCUUGGAUCUUGUUCUUUGACUGUGCUCUUCUCUUUACCUUCUACACCACGAUACUUUGCAUCAAGCUCGAGAUCAACCGCAUCAAGCGUCAUGUGGCCCUCCGCAAGGCUCUAGAAGAGGAUGGAAUCAGCAAUAGGGUUGCAGAAAAUGUUGCGUCGAGCAACGACUGGCCUGGCGGACAGCCCGACAAAAGAGCUGGUGUCAACAUCUUUGGUCAAAAAAUCAAACCGAGCAACGUUCCAAAGUUCAAAAUCUGGAUGGUGACAGGCUUUGUGGUUAUCAAUGUCGUCAACCUCUGCACAAUUCCUUUCCGGACCUCCCAGAGCGUCAACUCACCUGGAGCAGCACUUCCUAGUGUCCUGACCCCUUCCCCGAUCGACCCUUUCAAGGUCGCAGAAAAUGGUCUUGAUGCCAUCUACGUGACAGCCAAAAGUAAGCAGCUGGAAACUAUUGUCACCGUGCUUCCCCCGAUCAAAUACGAAUUGGAUUGGCCUCUACAUCGACCAGGGUCGGAAGACGACCUUCGCUUCUUCGACUACGAAUACACGGACCAAUUCUUCAAUGUGGUCGGCGGCCGAGUGAUCGAAGGUGUUUUGAAAAGCCUGGAGGAUCCAGCGCUCAGCAAGUGGGUUCUCAUUGCGCUCACACUAAGCUUGAUCUUGAAUGGUUACUUGUUCAACGCUGCCAGAUGGAGUCUGAAGGAGGCCCAUUCAUCCACCGUUACCACUCCAGCGAGCUCCAGCGCCCCGAAGCUCGAAUUACCACAGACGCCUCGGGCAGUGCCGCCAAAGCUAGACUUUCCUGUUGGUACAAAACGAUCAAAAGAAGAGAUGGAGCAGAUGCUUAAAGACAAACAGGCUGCCUAUUUGUCUGAUGAGGAACUGAUUGACCUGUCACUCAAGGGCAAAAUUCCUGGCCAUGCCAUUGAAAAGACGUUGGAAAACCCCGCCGUCAUGACUCGACUUGAAUCGUUUGUGCGAGCGGUUAAGGUGCGGAGAGGAGUGGUUUCAAGGACACCAGCUACAAAGCAGUUGGCCUUUGGCCUCGAGUCCUCCAAAACUCCCUACAAGGACUACAACUACGAACUGGUUCAUGGAGCAUGCUGCGAAAAUGUAAUCGGAUAUUUGCCGUUGCCUCUCGGGGUCGCUGGACCGCUGACGAUCGACGGUCAGAAUUAUUUCUUGCCCAUGGCCACGACUGAAGGGGUUCUGAUUGCUAGUACGAGCCGUGGGUGCAAAGCCAUCAAUGCCGGCGGCGGAGCAGUGACGGUGGUGACUGGCGACGGCAUGACCCGCGGACCAUGUGUGGGAUUUCCUACCCUUGCUCGCGCCGGGUAUGCCAAGGUGUGGCUUGAUUCAGAAGAGGGCCAGCAGAAAAUGAAGGAAGCGUUCAAUUCGACAAGUCGAUUUGCCCGUUUGCAGUCUAUGAAGACCGCUCUAGCGGGUACCUAUCUCUACAUUCGUUUCAAGACGACCACAGGUGACGCAAUGGGGAUGAACAUGAUCUCCAAAGGAGUGGAAAAGGCACUUUGGGUCAUGUCAAAUGAAUGUGGAUUUGACGAUAUGGCUACGAUCUCGGUAUCUGGGAACUACUGCACUGACAAAAAGGCGGCCGCGGUGAACUGGAUCGAUGGCCGUGGCAAGGCCGUGGUGGCCGAAGCCAUCAUUCCCGCCGAUGUGGUGCGAAGUGUUCUCAAAAGCAACGUGGAUGCUCUGGUUGAGUUGAACGUCUCCAAGAACUUGAUCGGCAGUGCCAUGGCUGGCAGCAUCGGUGGCUUCAAUGCGCAUGCCUCGAACAUUGUGACAGCCAUCUUCUUGGCUACCGGUCAGGAUCCCGCCCAGAACGUGGAAAGUUCCAACUGCAUUACGAUUAUGAAAAACAACAAUGGAAACCUCCAGAUUAGCGUUUCCAUGCCCUCGAUCGAGGUAGGCACUAUCGGUGGAGGAACCAUUCUCGAGGCACAAUCGUCGAUGCUCGAGAUGCUGGGAGUUCGCGGGGCACACCCGACGAACCCUGGCGACAAUGCACGGCAGCUGGCCAGAAUAAUUGCAGCGGGAGUCCUGGCUGGAGAGCUCAGCUUGUGCAGUGCGCUGGCGGCAGGACACUUGGUCAGGGCACACAUGGCACACAAUCGUAGUGCCGUGCCCACGAGAUCAACGACGCCGGUCUCGGCCGCGGUGGAACCGUUUCUGCGUGCCCAGAACGGGCCUGUUGUACCAUCAUCGUUGAAGAUGACCAAUGGAAGGUAAUUACAUUUCAUCCAGGAGAUAGAGGAUGGAUGAAUCGAGGUGUAUAUCAGCCGACGACAGACAUGUAUAUAUGGGGCGUCGAGCAUAUGGCGUUGGCACAUGGCAUUCCGCGGGCGCGGUAUCGAAUGGCAGGAUUCGGCCAGGAGCACAACAAGCGGUGACAUGGGAUGUUAAUCCCCUGCGGAGCUUGUGCAGAAAGCAUUGAACACAUUGACCAGCGGCACGAGGUGUGCGUACAAUGAACAGCACACAUCCUUAUAGUUAUUGGUAUCGCGCUCAUCAAUAAUCAUAUCUGUUGGAAGAGGUUGUGGUACUGUAUGGCAAGAAAUAGAAGGCACAGUUGAAG